CCCAUAGACCCCCAUGUUAAAAUGCCCAACUUUACAGCAGAAAUAAACAUGUUGACGACGGGCACAGAAAACGGUUUUGGUCUCUAUAGCUAAGUUCCCCGUUGGGGACAACUGUGGGGGCCAGGGUGAUUUUUAUUUUUUAUUUUUAUAUCUCACCCCUGUAAAUUAUAUUAAGGCUUAAAGUUCUGCAUAAUUAAGGGCGUUCCACUUCGAGUGACAAGUGCCCCCAGUCACAAGAGGGCAAGCAUAGAUAGUCAAAGUCCCUCCCCUUCCACAGGACCUCAUGGGAGCUUAUUUCGUUAAAAGAAAUAUGUACGGUAGUGAACAGGGUAUUUUUUUUAACCCGUUUGAAUUGAGCCAUAAAUUACACGUUUGUCAAUUUAAAAGAUCAUGUUGUGAAUCUAGAAAGUCCCAGUUUAUCGUAGUACCACUUUGUUUUGCGUGAAACCGCUCUGUGAACUGCGGUCUCUCGAAAUACACGUCCCCUUGCUUGCUGCUUGGCUUGCUAGCUAUCUAACUUAGCUAUGUCCACACAUGAAAUGCUAUCUUAACCUAAUGUGAUAUGUCCAGUGUCUUUUUAUCGGUCGGGAAGCAAAAGAACAAGCAAGAUCCGUUGCUUGUGUGAGUAACAUUACGUACGAAACACACAGGCAUCGUCACAACUUUGGAGUGAGUCUACACUUCCAACAGUUUUCCAACACGUACAAACUUGACUAAAAUAAGGUCCAUGGUGGUCCACCGCAAGGGGAGGUAGGAUGUAUAAUAAUGUGAACUGGGUACGGUGCCGCCGCUCAGCCAUCAAGCCAAUUUUUCUGGAUAAGAUCACCAUUACUAACUAGAUGCACCUGUUCGUUGACAUAUUUUAAGUUAAACUAUAUAAAUUCGUAUCCAUUUCUUUAAAAAAAGAAAACAUUCGAAUUAUACCAAAUGUCCACCCCAUCCCCUAUAGUAGUCUGUGCAUGUCCAGUGACUAGAGGGUAACUUGAGUUGGAUGUUUUCCUCUUCUAUAUUUUUGCUAUGAACAUAUUUGUUUGGCUUAUUGCUGUUUUAGAAAUGGUUGCUGUUAGUAGUGAUAUAAUUAUGCUCACAAAGAUUCUCCUGUUAAUGAUCUUGGAAAAUUAAAGUUUUCUUCUUUUUUGCUAUUUCAACUUGACUUCACAGUUGUAUUUCUGUUUUUUUUUUUUUUCAAUUAUGUUGCAGAUGGAUUGGCAGACUGCCACAUUUGUAAGCAUGUAAGGCUCUCUUAGAUCAGAACUACUUGCAGUUAUAAAUAAAAACACAUUGUGUUACAGCUGUAGUUAUAUAUGGGCUGUAGUAUGAUUCUUAAGAAGUCUAUUUAGGUCAAGACUUUUCCUUCGGGACGCCUUAAAACUGCGGCAAGCAGACCUAUAAGAUCCAGUUUGCAGUAUGCACAAAUGCAGGCUCAUUGGCUGCAGGCAGGUUGACACAGUUCGCUGCCUCAUGCAGCUGUAGCGGGGGCUCGGAGCAUGUAGAGCCGGAAGGUGCUACUCUACUGUCCGACUGUUGAGUGCGUGCCGCCGACUGAACGAAGAGCUGGAAACUAGAGACAGGAGAGCGGAGAAAUCUGGCCACCGGGACGAGGUCAGAAAGAGAAAAGGAAAGCUGCUUCAUCUUUUCUGGUGGAGGAUGGACACACGCCGGACCGCGGUCACUUCAGUCACCGAGGUCAGCAGCUCUGCCUCCGCCGGGUUGUGACUCUCCGGGCUCCGCGGAGGUGUUCGGUGGACGCCGCUGGCCAGGACAGCACAGGACGGUACGGACACUUUGCGGGCUGCAGCAAACUGUGUGCACCACCUUGCAGUGAAACAUCCCCCCCCCUGGAGAAUAAAGCAUCUGGUAGCUCCGACUGAAAGAAAGAGCAGACUGGUACAGCGACAGCAGCGAGGAAUUAUUGAUAGAUAGGCUACAAGGGUUUACUGUACACCAAAAUGGGAAAAGAAGUCUCAGUCACCUUUUAAGAUGUUUCCUCACCACAGAGAAAGGGAGCAGCCGAUCUUCUGCUCCCGGGCCCAUGUUUUCCAGAUCGACCCUACCACCAAGAGGAACUGGAUCCCCGCCAGCAAACAUGCCGUCACCGUGUCCUUCUUCUAUGAUGCCAACCGCAACGUUUACCGCAUCAUCAGCGUGGGUGGGACCAAGGCAAUCAUCAACUGCACCGUAACACCCAGCAUGACGUUUACCAAGACGUCCCAGAAGUUCGGUCAGUGGGCGGACAGCAGGGCCAACACUGUGUACGGGCUUGGUUUUGCUACCGAGCAACAGCUGCACCAGUUCUCCGAGAAGUUUAAGGAGGUGAAAGAUGCAGCUCGUCUGGCACGAGAAAAGUCGCAGGACAAAGAACUGGCGAACACGGCGCUAAGCAUCGCUGCUCCUCAGUUCUCACAGGACCUCUCGGAUGAACUCCAGUCUCCACCGGUGAUGUGUGUGAACGGACCCGAGGACAAGCUGUUCCGCAGCCAGAGCGCGGACAUCACGCUGUCUUCUGAAAAGGAGCGCAUUAAAAAGAUGCUCUCUGAAGGGUCUAUCUGUGAGAUGAACCUGGAAGCCGAGUUCUUCUCUCUGCAGGACAGCAACACCAAACUGGUGGCAGCUUUGCAUGAGGCUAAUGCUAACGUGGAGCAGUGGAAGAAACAGCUGACAGCAUAUCAGGAGGAGACGGACAGACUCAGAGAGCAGGUGGCUGAGUUAGAAGCCCACGGAGGCCACGGCCCCAGUGAGCGGCUGAAGGAUGAGCUGACCCAGUCCCUGGAGGAGCUGGAGGCCCUGCUCAAGGCCAAAGAUGAGGAAAUCCACAUUUUGCAAAGCAAGAAAGUAGAGUACCACGAGAUGGAACACGACAGGGAUGAGGCCAUUCACAGAUUACGGGAGACAGAGAUGCGUAAUGCAGAGUUGGAGCGUCGCAUCCAGAACACAGAGCAGAACCUGAAUAACUCUCUGGAGGAUCGGGAUCGCAUGGACUCUGAAGUCCAGAGGGCCAUCGAAAUUCUGGACAUCAAGAUCUUUGACCUUAAUGAUCUUCGCCAGAGCCUGGUUAAACUCAUCGACAAAUAAUCCAACCCAAGAAAGAGAGAUGGAACAGAUGGGGGGGUGGGGGGGGUAAAAAGAUGGAGCUGGACCGGUCCUCUUCAAGCACAAGAAGCAUCUUCUCGGCUGCAGGGAGGGUGCUCCAUGUCUGUGUUGCAGCAGUGGCUGUGCUGUACUCUGCAACACACUGCAGGUGUUGGCCUAAAGCAACAGCACAUACAUUGUUUUGCUUGUCCAGUCUAAUGUAACGCUUCAUGUUGCUUUCAAGGGGUAACACUUAAUGCAAUAAAAACCAACUUUAAGGUAAGUAUUUAACAUGGCUAGACAUUUCAUAUUGAGAAUUGGUGCUUGUAGUUUUUCACAAGUAUGACUUUUUGUACACCAAAUGGCGAUGCAGUGUCAAUAUGAAUGAUAAGAGGCCUUUAUUUUUCUCCUUUUCAACUCGACAGGUUAUUUAAACAUCUUUACAACGAAAUGAGACCGUGAAGUGAAUGCAAAUAAAAAAAGAGCACAAGACAAAAUGACUUCUAAGAGAUUUGCCUAUUAAACAGCCUGCAUACAAUAUAAUUGUUACUGAAUUAACAGAUGGCAAAGUUCCAUUUGUGCAGAGAUAAACGUGUGUAUGGUCUCGUUAGUUCCCCGUGCAUAAAGUAGCAGAGUGGUUCCAGUUGGUGCUUUUUUCCCCAUAGGAAUAAGCAAUGAAACAGAUUAAAGGUCAGUAAAAAAAAGUGCGCUAAUAGUGUUUUAUAUUUAGGUAAGGCAUGGUUACACAGCUUCCCCUUGAACAUUAGAUCUGAAUAUUGACACCAAAGAUCGAAUGUUAAGAGCAGAGUCGUCGAUAAGGUCUUUCAGCAACGUGGCUGUUAUCACAUCUUCAUUAUAGCUCGUAAGAAACCUUUAAACCUAAGAUAUGUGACAGUAACUUGUAAGUAGAUAUGACAUAAUAAGUAAUUACAUUUAGGGUAAAUAAGUAUUUUCCACAUUGAUAUAAAUCAAUAAUGCUACAGCUAUGAAGUAAACACAAGAAAUAAGUAAUCACUUAUUAUUACAGAUAAGUUUAACUGGUCCCGUCUGAAUAAUCGUCUUGUGCAUCAUCUCUUUACAAACCACUGACUUAGUAAUGUAUCUACGCAUUCAAGGAAAUUUAAGACAUUUUCUGCCUUCUGUCAUAUUUCAGCACGUUACCUUUAGCUGUGGACAACAUGGCACACGCCUUGAGAGUGGAGCUGUACUGUAUGAAAUGUGAAUUUAUUUAAAAGCAAUGUCUACUUCACACAGACUGUAUUGUUUGACAUAGUCCAUAAUGGUAUGUUUGCAUUAUUCUGUCAAGCCUUACUGUUGAUAGUUAUGCCAGCUGUGUCUCAAACUUUGAGCUGUUGUCAUGACAGUUUGGAAAUAAAAGCAAAGAAUAACAUCA